AUGUUUUCGCCAAUGUCAUCGGGCAAGGGGAGACCAGCGGACGCUGAGAUGGUACUACUGCUCUGCCCUCCAAUCUCACACCCGUCACGGCUGCAGGUCUCAUCACAGCUGCUGACCAUCCUUUGUGUAGCCCACACUCUGUGUCGGGGCCUCACGUGGACCUUGGUGUCAGGUCCAUCUGAAGACGCAGAGCAGCAAGAACGAGAACCCCAGACCCGGCAAGGCCGCCGUGCUGUGUGCAGGCCUGUGGGCCGUCGGGGUGGUGGGCAGCAGACUCUGGGCAUGAGGGUGUCCGCUGUCUGUGGGCAGACCCCCCAGGAGUUGUGGCCAUGGGAGCAGGACAGCGUUUCCGGCCACAAGGAGGAGGGUGUGGAGAGCAAGGGGCUCCUGGGACCCGUCGGGGAGGAGUCGGGGGUCAGCUGGGUCAGCGAUCAGUACUCGGUGGGGCUGGAUGGAUACGUGAGGUGGCGGCAGGUGACGGCAGGGGAGGCUGUGUCCGAGCAGCAGGGGACUGGCGAGGGCCUGCUCUGUGACACAUCACCCAAACUUAGAGGCUGUAAGACCUGUCUGUCUCUGAGGGUCAGGAUCCUGCAGCCGCUCGGCUGGGUGGUCCCAGCUCGGGCCCCCCACGGGGCUGGUGUCAAGGUGUCCGCCGGGUGCCACCAUUGGGAGGUCCACGUCCACGAGGGCUGGCCUCAUCCUGCUGGUCGUCAGCUGGGUGCCUGA